GGCUCUGGGGACGGGUUGGUGCGUGGCGUGUGUAGUAAUUUGGGGUUAUUUCCUGGAGCUAGUGUUGACAAUUGGGUACUGUUACGGUACAAUCAUGGCAUUAAAAACAUAUGGAGACAAGCCAAUCAGCUUCCAGCUGGAAGAGGGUGGAGAGUUUUAUUGUAUAGGCUCAGAAGUUGGAAAUUACCUGCGGCUCUUCCGCGGUUCUCUGUAUAAGAAGUUCCCCGGUCUCUUCCGGAAGUACAUAACGGUUGAAGAACGCAAGAAGCUUAUGGACAUGGGGCUCAGUCAGCACAUCCUGGCGUCGAGCGUGUCAUUGCUGCGUGCCGCUGAGAUCGAGGACCUCAUCACCGGCAAGGACGACCGGUACCGCUCGGCGGCGCUGCAGAACGCCGUGCCCAGCGAGGUCAUCGCCGUGCUGCCCAAGGAAAUCAAGACUCCGCGCAAGAGUGCUGUGCACGUGCCAGCUCAGCCCAACAGCUCGCACAUGGACCCCGUGCCGCAGUCGACGCCCAUCAACCGCAACCGCGUGGUCACCAAGCGCGUGCGCACCUUUCCCAUGUGCUUCGAUGACACGGACCCGGAGCUGAUCCAGGACAACGCCAUGCAGGAGGAGCAGCUGGUGCCCAUCCGGCUGGACAUGGAGAUCGAGGGCCAGCGGCUGCGCGACAUGUUCACGUGGAACAAGAACGAGACGCUGAUCACGCCCGAACAGUUCGCCGAGGUGCUCUGUGACGACCUGGACCUGAACCCGAUGGUGUUCGUGCUGGCCGUGGCGCAGAGUAUCCGCCACCAGCUGGACACGUACCCGACCGAAACCAUCAGCGAGGAGGCCAGCGAUCAGCGCGUGGUGAUCAAGCUGAACAUCCACGUGGGCAACAUAUCGCUGGUGGACCAGUUCGAGUGGGACCUGGCCAACCCGGAGAACAGCCCCGAACAGUUCGCCCACAAGCUGUGCGCCGAGCUGGGCCUCGGCGGCGAGUUCGUCACUGCCAUUUCGUACAGUAUCCGCGGCCAGAUCAGCUGGCACCAGAAGUUCGCCUUCAGCGAGCACAGCCUCACCACCAUCGGCCAGCCGUUCCGGCAGCGGCACGAGGCUGACAACUGGGGGCCGUUCCUGGAGGCGCUCACCGACGCCGAGAUGGAGAAGAAGAUUCGGGACCAGGACAGGAACACCAGGAGGAUGCGGCGCCUGGCCAACACCACGCCCGGGUGGUAGACCGGGAGCGCCGUAGCGUUUCGAUGUCACGUGAAUCCUCUGUCUUCGGGAUUAGGGGGAGGGGAUGUUAGGUUGGUAGACCUGCUUGAUCGCAAGCAGUGAAUCUCAUUCGUCGUCUUUGUGAACUAUCUUGCUCUGCUCUGAUCCCUCGUGUCAUUGAUUGUUCAUCAUCUGAUGUAAGUAUGUGUUUUAAAUACAUUUUCAUUCGUCCA